ACACAUAACCACAUGCAGAUAGGAGAGGUGGCAGAGCAGAGAGGCUGCCAGGUACCCGGCGUCAAAGGUGUUUUAAGUGGAAAGGCAUACGCAAAGUACCUCUUUUCUCUCAAAACUCUGUGCGAAUCAAUGGAGAGGCUGUUGAUGGAGCGGUUCAUUGAGGAGGAAAGCGUCCUUAUCACUGACCCUGCUGCACUUCUCAACAUGACCCAGUCUUGCAAUCGAGAGCACCUCGAUGAAGCCCUCAAAGACCGCUCAACUCUAACCCUCAUCGAGAAGUAUCACGCCUAUGAGGAGAAGGUGCUCAAGGGUCACCUGGGAAAGACAGCUGCCUUAUGGAUGUCAUUUAUUAACCACUGUCAUCUUGUCUUCAUGCUACUCCACUCCGUUAAGACCAACAACAUCCAGUUGUUUCACAAAUGCAAUGGAGAGAUGGCAAAUAUCUUCUUUGCAUUUGAUGGACACAACUACUCAAGAUAUCUGACUUGGCUGGAGGUCUAUCUGACAAACCUGGAGAACACACACCCAGGGGCCAAAGACCUGCUUUCUAAGGGUGCAAUUGCGGUGGCCCGCUCAAUGAUACCGGGGGCACUUAGUGCAGUCGACAAGACCAUGGAGGAAACGUUCAUGCGCUUUGCCAAAUCAUCAGGUGGCUUCACUGGACUAUACAGCCAGUUUGGGGCAUACCAGAGAUGGUGUCGAACAACCUCCACACGGGCACAGUUUUAUCAAAAGACCCUUGAGAUGGUGGACCUCAUCAAAGACCCAGACUGCCCAAGGGCGGGGAAACAUCGGGAGCUGGAGAAGGCAGAGGUCAAAAAGGGUGAGGAGGCCAUUCAGCGAACCAUCGAGACAAUUAGGAACUUUAGGAACCCCUUCACCAUCUCAGACAAGGACAGGCUCUACUCCCUGGCUUCUGGUGCUCCUGUCCUCAUGGAGGUCGAGAUGGACGUGCUACAAGCAGAAACUGUGGGCAAGGCUGCUAAAGCUGAGUUCAUCAAACGGCUACAGAGCAGAGAGCCAGCUAGCUUCUCUGACCCAAUCAAAAAGAAGAAGCUCAAGACCAUGGAAGCUUGUAACAAAAAGGUCACCCUCACAUCCUCACAGGGAAAGGUCAUCCAGUAUCAGGAGCAAAGCAAUCUUGCUUUCCUGCUCCUUGUCAAGUCACAACGUGCAGAGGACCCAUUGGACUUGGAGGAACUCAUGAAAUAUCCCCUAAUGCCUGUGCCCCCUAGCCUUGGGACACCAGAUGGGUUUUUCUCCAAGACUAAUAAAGUGGCUCUUCUGCACUACAUUCUGGAGGACACCACCCCAAAGGAUCUGCCAUACCCUAAGGAUGCCCUGUUCAUCCAGGAUGGCAUGGCUCUGCUCCAUGUCCUCACCAACCUUCCCCCAACAUGUGGGGAGAUAUGCCUACAAGUGCUUGAUCAGAUGGUGGCCAAAAAGCACUUUUUGUUCUCGACUGACAGUUACCAUCCAGGAUCUAUCAAAGCACAGGAGAGGUUGAGACGUGGCAGUUCAGAGAAGAUCCUUUUGGCUGGACCAGCAACCAGGAAGCCAUAUGACUUCAAGAUGUUUCUCACAAAUGAUGACAACAAAAAGCAACUCUGCCAGCUCCUGCUGCGAGUAUGGAGUGAUCAACAGGCAGCUUCAAGGCUGGAGAGAACAGAAAUGUCAGUGCUGAUCGUGGAAGGGAGAGCCCAUCAACUUCUAUCCUCAAACGGCAAGUCUCUGUCAUUGUUGAUCAAAGUGCAAUAUCCCAUUGUGUAUCAGGUUGAGGUACGUGAGCUCCCCACAACCUACAGCAACCAGGAAGAGACUGAUACAAGGGUGGUACUCUACCUUCAUCAUGCUGCUGCCCUUGGGUACAAGAAUGCUGUAGUCAGAACACCUGACACAGAUAUCUUUGUGAUUCUUCUUUACCACGCUCAUGCCAUCAGGCUGACUAUAUACCUGGAUACGGGGUCAGGGAAACAUAGACAACUUCUCAACCUCUCUGAGCUCGCAGAAUCCCUGGGAGAAGACUACUGUGCCACACUUCUUGGAUUCCAUGUGUUCAGCGGAGAAGACUGCACCAGUGCCUUCAAAGGGAAGGGGAAGGUGGGGCCCUUGAAAAAGCUGGAGAAGAACCCGAAGUUUCACAGGGCGUUCAGUCAACUCGGUGACAACUGGAAUGUCAAGCCUGAGGUGCUGAAGCAGUUGGAGCAAUUCACCUGUCUGAUAUAUGGAGAGAGUCGUGAGUCUUCAGUGGACGUAGUCCGUGCCAAGUUGCUGCGCAAAAUGGUAGGGCAGGACGAUAAACUCACUGCCAAGUCUAAGGUUGACCUGGCUCGCCUUCCUCCAUGCUAUGAUGCUCUGAAGCCGCAUGUCCAACGUGUGAACCAUCGCGUCGCCCUGUACAAGCGAGCUGAUGAAUCAAUUUUAGAAAAACCAAACCCCUAUGAUGAGGAGCAGGGAUGGAUGAGGACUGAUGGAGUGUUGAGACCGGUGUGGUGCUGUGGUCCUGUCCUGCCAACCUCCCUGGUUGAUCUCCUGGACACGACAGAGCGUGAACAGGAAGACGAGGAGGAAGAGGAAGAGGAAUUUGACUCUGAUGAUAGCAUUGAAAACGAUGAUUGA